AUGGGCAUGCAGACAGAAGAAAAACCUCCGAACAAUGACCCAAUAACAGCCUCGUCAGCAGCCAAAUCCGCCGAGACGCCCGACGCCAUCCAUAAAUCGCGGCUUAAUGGUGGCCUGCACGCUUGGCUGAGUGUGCUGGCGUGCUUCUGUGUCUUUGUCAAUUCCUGGUGCGCAAUGGGCUUGUUGACCACCUAUGGCGCCUUCCAGGAAUACUACCAGACCGUGCUGCUGCCAGGGGAGUCGCCGUCAGCCAUCUCCUGGAUCGGCAGCAUCCAGGCGACUUUGAUCCCGAUGGUCGGGCUGGUGACGGGCCCACUGGUAGACUCGGGGUAUCUGCGCCCGCUGAUUCUGUCUGGCAGUUUCUUGAUCGUCUUUGGGAUGAUGAUGACGAGUCUGGCGACGGAGUACUAUCAGGUGCUACUGGCGCAGGGCUUCUGUGUCGGCAUGGGCGGUGGCAUCUCGUACAUCCCCGCGCUGGUGGUCGUCUCCAUACACUUCACGACCAAGCGGCCCAUCGCCAUCGGCUGCGCUUCGAUCGGCUCGAGUGUGGGGGCCGUCAUCUUCCCGGUGAUGUUCCGCCAGCUGCAGCCAAAGAUCGGAUUCCCUUGGGCGGUGCGCUGUAUCGGGUUUAUCAGCUUGUUUCUUUCACUCGUCGCAUGCGCGAUUCUGUGUCGGCGGCCAGGCCACAAGACUCGUGCCCGCAGCCUGAUCGACUGGAAGGCCUUCCGCGAGCCCGCGUUCAUGCUCUUCUCGAUGUCGCUCACAUGCGUCAUGCUGGCAUACUACGUCCCCAUCUUCUAUGUUGCCUCGUACGCGCGUACCAUUGUGCAGACCACCACGAGCUUGGGCUUUUACAUGGUAGCCAUUGUCAAUGGCUCCUCGGUCGUCGGUCGCGUCGUGCCCUAUCUGCUUGUCGCCUAUGUCAAACCCAUCGCCAUCUUGAUCUUUUGCGUCACGGCCUCGGCUAUUGCCAUGUUCACUUGGAUCGCCGCCACCAGCACCCCCGGCUUUAUUGUUUGGGCGUGCUAUUGGGGAAUCCUGAGCGGCGUGCUAGUCACGGCUCCGACUUCGAUUGUUGCGCAUCCGGCAUUCUGUCCUGAUUCGAACUAUAUGGGAACUCGGCUGGGCAUGAUGUGGGGGAUUUCGUCGUUCGGGGCUUUGGCCGGCACACCUAUAGCUGGCGCGUUAGUGGAUUUGGACCAAGCUUACUUUUUACGCGCCCAGGUCUUUUCUGGGUGUAUGAUGGUCGGGGCUAUGCUGUUGCAGCUUUGGCCGACGUUUGUGGUGUUUCGCUAUGAUCGCAGCCACCCUCGUAGAUAG